CCAAACGCAAACGCUCUAUCUGAAGUCGAUUUAGUCAGAGCAGUUGCAGUUGAUUCCUGACGGGUGAACUGAGCGAAAGUAAAAGUGUGAUCCAGGCAAAUUAAAAAGAAAAAAGAAAAAACUUAAUAAUGUCGAAAAUUGGUAUUAACGGAUUUGGCCGCAUUGGUCGUCUGGUGCUGCGUGCCGCUAUCGACAAAGGCGCCUCCGUCGUUGCCGUUAACGAUCCCUUCAUCGAUGUGAACUACAUGGUCUACCUGUUCAAGUUCGACUCCACCCACGGCCGUUUCAAGGGCACCGUUGUUGCCGAGGGCGGCUUCCUGGUUGUCAACGGCCAGAAGAUCACUGUCUUCAGUGAGCGCGAUCCAGCCAACAUCAACUGGGCCAGCGCUGGCGCUGAGUAUGUGGUUGAGUCGACCGGUGUCUUCACCACCAUCGAUAAGGCCUCCACUCACUUGAAGGGCGGUGCCAAGAAGGUCAUCAUUUCGGCACCCUCCGCUGAUGCGCCCAUGUUCGUGUGCGGCGUGAACUUGGAUGCAUACAGCCCGGACAUGAAGGUCGUGUCGAACGCUUCUUGCACCACCAACUGCUUGGCCCCAUUGGCUAAGGUUAUCAAUGAUAACUUUGAGAUUAUUGAGGGUCUGAUGACCACUGUGCAUGCCACCACAGCCACCCAGAAGACCGUCGAUGGCCCCUCCGGCAAGUUGUGGCGUGAUGGUCGUGGUGCUGCCCAAAACAUCAUUCCAGCAUCCACUGGCGCCGCCAAGGCCGUCGGCAAAGUCAUUCCAGCUCUGAAUGGAAAACUUACCGGCAUGGCUUUCCGUGUGCCAACACCAAAUGUCUCUGUUGUUGAUUUGACCGUGCGCUUGGGCAAGGGUGCCACCUAUGAUGAAAUUAAGGCCAAAGUACAAGAGGCUGCCAACGGUCCAUUGAAGGGCAUUUUGGGCUAUACCGAUGAGGAGGUCGUCUCCACCGAUUUCCUCAGCGACACUCACUCGUCCGUAUUCGAUGCCAAGGCCGGCAUCCCGCUCAACGAUAAGUUCGUUAAGCUGAUUUCGUGGUACGACAACGAGUUCGGUUAUUCCAACCGUGUCAUUGACUUGAUCAAGUACAUGCAGAGCAAGGAUUAAAUUAUAUAAAAAGCUGCAGCUAACACAAUGUUAACUUCUCAAUACGCACAAACAGGAGGUGUAGCAUUUAACUAUAGAUGAGAGGGAUCCGAUUUUCGCCCACACAACUACACAGUUACCCAAUAAAAACACACAACAUACAUACAUA